GUGUGUGGCACUUGCCUUGCUUGUUGUAUACCAUGCAAUAAUGCUUGCUGUUUCUUAAUGCCAUCGUUAUAACUGCUCGGUCGGUCACUUUGCUUAUAUCCAUUCCAUCGGUACCAGCUCGGCGAAUAAACUCUGAUUCGCGUGAUAUUUAUUGGUCGGUAACGGGAAAGGAAGGUGGGAUUAGUUGCAUUUGGAGGUUGAGAGGGGGAAUGCGCCGGGUUGGUGCAGGGACAGUGCAGGACCCGUGAGCUGUGAGCGGUUCCUCCCGGAAUCUGAGCUUCGCUGGUCGGGGCGGUUGCAAAACGCAAAGAGUGAUUUUUUUAAACAUUGAACUGAAUGAAACCUGCUCGCGUUUCUGUUCGCUUUGACGUAUCUGCCUUCAUUUGGACCAUAGAAGGAGACUCGUGUCAGCGUGAUGCACAUUUGUAGCCGGAGAACGGAGCCAGGUUUCCAUUCAAGAUUCUGGGAUCUUGCCGUUUAUAUUUAAAGAUAUUCUGCAGCAGGGAAAUGGCAGCUUCAACGCCAAAAUCAACGUGCCCCUCGAAAAAGAGAGUGAAAAUCCACCCAAACACCGUGACUGUGAAAUACACUGCACAUUAUCCACAACCUGAGGACGAGGGCUUUGAAGAGACCUAUCACGAUACAGAAAACUACAUGGAAGACAAUCCCAAAAAAAGACUCCUGAGUGACACAAAAAGGCGAGGAAGAUCAUUCUUUGGGACAAUUAAUGUUCGUCAGAGUUCAUCAGAUGAACAGAAAGAUAAAGGCAUAGUACAGCCGACAGAAAAUGUUGGAGAGAGUGUGGCUUCUGCACCAAGAAUAACGUGGGUGGCUCUGUUUGGGGCUGCCCUGGCCCAUGGUUGUGUUGCAUUGAUUACUAGACUUGCAGCUGAUCGGUCCAAAGUGCCAUCUCUUGAACUCCUGUUCAUUCGUUCUGUUCUUCAAGUCUUCGCUGUGGUGGUUGUCUGUUACGGCAGCGAGCAUCCUCUUGGACCCAAAGGAUACAGGAUGCGUCUCUUUCUUUAUGGGGUAUGUAAUGUCAUUUCCAUCACCUGUGCGUACACCUCCUUUUCAAUUGUACCCCCAAGCAACGGGACCAUUAUGUGGAGAGCCACCACUACAGUCUUCAGUGCCAUCCUAGCCUUCCUUUUGGUGGAUGAACGGUUGGAGUACACUGAUGUUGUAACAGUGAUCUGCAGUGUAUUUGGGCUUUGUCUAGUCAUGAUCCCUAAUAUCGUUGAUGAAGAUGAAUCAUUGGUGGGCAGAUGGAAGGAAGCCUUUGGCUACACCAUGACGGUAAUGGCGGGGUUGACCACAGCUCUGGCCAUGAUCAUUUACAGAGCUAUUAAGGACAAGGUUAGUAUGUGGACUGCCCUUUUCACCUUUGGAUGGACAGGUACAGUGUGGGGUGUAUCCACAAUGUUUAUCUUGCAAGAGCCUAUUAUACCACUGGAUGGGGAAACCUGGGGAUAUCUAUUAGGGAUCUGUAUUUGUUCUACGGUGGCUUUCUUAGGUGUAUAUUAUGCAUUGAAUCGAUUCCACCCAGCAUUAGUUAGUACAGUUCAACACUUAGAAAUUGUAGUGGCCAUGAUUCUCCAGUUACUGGUCCUCCACAUGUUUCCAACUGUGUAUGAUCUUAUCGGUGGAUCAAUAAUCAUCUUCAGUGUCUUUGCAUUCACUGGUUACAAGCUUUAUAGGGUUAAUUGGAAUAAGAGGCAGGAUUACUUGGAGAUAAUAAAUUCCCCCAUCAAAUGAAUGUUGCUAAUCUUGUGAAUAAUUGGAUAAUUAAAUGGGAUCAAGCUGCUUUAUGAGUGUCAAACGUGCAAUGUUCUUUGGUAUUGUGUUGUCAGAGGAUGGUCUACUGCUGUGAUGUUCUCAAUGUUGUAUGGAAUAAAAUCUGCAACAGAUAAUA